AUUUCAUUUAGCAGUGGCAGUGCCAUCAUUUUCACCCUCCCUUUGAAUGCCAUGUUGCUGCUGCUGCUGCUGCUCCUCCUUUCCACAUGUAAUAAUUAUAAGCUCUUCUUUUCAAGGACUCGCCCACUUGCGUUUUGGGAUUGGUCAAUUGAUGCAAUUUUGCUGUGACUUUUUCAUAAUCGUGAUGUUCUCAAAAUUCUCUCAUAUGUUUUGCUUUUGCUUGAUUAAUGGCUUUCAAUUCACACAUGUACUCUGUAACAGCAACUCUCUGGAGGAAGCCAUUGAUUUGAACUCCCGUGACCUUCAAGUAGCAGUAAAAAUCUGAGCUUUAGUACUACAAUUUCAUCUCUUUUAAAGCUCAUCUGCAAGAAAAUUUUCCAAUUGGUUUGCAGAGCUCGAGAAUCGAAUCCCCGUGAGGAAUUCAAUUCUGAAUGAUGUGACCAUUAAAGAGGGUAGCCAGUGAAAUUGAUUCAUUCAUUCAUUCAAUAUUUCCUUUCCUUGCCCUGUAAUUAAGCAGCUCAUCUGUCAUUUACUUUGUGUCCACCUCUCCAUUCUCAUCUCAAAAGAUUCUCAUUUCUUCAUUCAAAGUUGUUACUGAAGUUUUUGUCUUGCUCGUGUAGUACGUAAGCUGUUGUUGGGAACCGAGAGGAAUAAAUGUACAGUUGGGUGAGGUUGUCUCGAGAUAGCCUUUGAGGUGUUCGUGAAAUUGCCUGAGAGGAAGGUCGUCAAUAAAUAGUCUUCUUCUUGCCAUCAAAAUGGAGAAGCUUUGAGCAUGGUGGAGGAGAAAUGGGGGAGAAGAAGAAACCCACGACGACAGGUUGGUUUUCUUUGAAGAAAUCGUUGCAGUGCAAGACAGAAGCUUCGGAGGUUCAGAGCCCGAAGAGCAGGAAGCAAUUGAGCUCAAUUCUGACAAGGAAAGGGCCGAGGUCGGGGUGUUCGAGGUCCAUUGCUAAUCUGAGAGACGUCAUCCAUGGCGGAAGCAAGGCGCAUCCAGAAAGGCCACCGAGCUGUAGCCCGAGGUCCAUAGGGAGCAGUGAGUUUCUCAACCCGAUUGCCCAUGAGGUCAUCCUAAGCAACUCGAAAUGCGAGCUCAAAAUCACCACUGGUUUUGGAGGGCUCCAUGAAAGCAUCAAUGGCUCGGCGUUUGUGGAUUUGGGGACUCUAAAACCAGGAACGCCUGGCCCUGGAGGACAAACCCUAAACCCCACUGUACAUUACUUCAAUCCUUCCUUCAGGACCUUCUCUGCCAACAAUGGCGGCUCUGCUGUUAUUCCCGGCCACAAAAGCGCCCGGCCGCGGCCACGUGCACCUCCUUCUUGCAAUGGCGCCGGCGUUACUUGCCACAAGUGUGGGGAGAAUUUUGCCAAAUGGGAAGCUCUUGAAUCGCACCAUUUGUCGAAACAUGCCGUGACUGAGCUCAUAGAAGGCGAUUCGUCGAGGAAGAUAGUGGAGAUCAUCUGCAGAUCGAGCUGGGUGAAAUCGGAGAGCCACAGCGUGAGAAUCGACAGGGUGUUUAAGGUCCACAACACGCAGAACACUCUGGCCCGCUUCGAGGACCACCGGGAGGCCGUGAAAAUCAGGGCCGGGAAGCUCCAGAAGAAGCACCCACGAUGCUUGGCCGACGGCAACGAGCUGCUGAGGUUCUACGGCACCACUCUCGCCUGCGCCAUCGCCGGAACUUCCAGCAUAUGCGUUUCCGACAAAUGCUGCGUUUGCCGCAUAAUCCGGCAAGGAUUUUCCGGCAGGACGGACCUGAGAGACGGGGUUGGCGUUUUCACGACUUCCACUAGCGGAAGGGCGUUCGAAAGCAUUGGGGAUGGCGGCGCCGGGACGAGGAAGGCGCUGAUUGUCUGCAGAGUCAUCGCCGGGAGGGUUCACCGGCCGGUGGAGAACCUCCGGGACGUCGCCGGGCAGACGGCGGGGUUUGAUUCGCUGGCGGGUAAAGUUGGGCUGCAUUCUAACAUUGAGGAGCUUUACUUGCUCAAUCCGAAAGCUCUUCUGCCCUGUUUUGUUAUUAUUUGCAAGGCCUGAGGUUUGCAAGAACAGGCUCUUUGUUGAAAUUAAUGUGAAUGAAUUAAUGAAUGAUUUUUAGGAAUUUGGCAAGU